GAAAAGUUAAGAGGCCGUGGUUCGAACCCAAUGCACAGCAGUUAGGCGCGAAACUCGAACCAAAAUCAGUCGGCCAAACGAAUCAGAGAGACGAUGUUAGCUUUGCAAAGGGCUUUCCGGACGAUCCAUACCACCGUUGAUGCUCCGCAAGUUACCAGUUUCGCUCUUCGCGCCCCCAAAUAUGUAGAGGUUAAAUUUGCAGAUGGAAGUGUGUUCAACUUGUCAGCUGAAUUCUUGAGAGUAUAUAGCCCAGCUGCUGAUGCUAAGGUUCGGUCAAUUGGGGGUGAAAAGGUAAUUUCUGGACGACGUCACGUCGGUAUCAUGUCUGCAGAACCAGUUGGGAACUAUGGGGUAAGGAUCCUUUUUGAUGACUUGCAUAGAACUGGGAUUUAUUCGUGGGAUUAUUUCUAUCAUCUGGGGAGCAACAAGUUUACAUUCUUGAGAAAUUAUGUUAAAACACUAAAGAAGCAUGGACUGAGCCGAGAUCCACCAAAGAGAAAGUGAUGGACAAAUCAACUUUCGUGAGCAGGUUGGAGAAAGAUUCAAUUGUUGAACUAUAAGCAUCAUCUGAGACCUCUUGGACUGUGAAGCAAGAACCUGAGCAUGGAAAUACACAUGUUAGUGUUGCUCCUUGCAAGAUUAUCUAUGAAUUUAGUUUAAUUACAAAUUAGGACUUGUAUUUCGAUGGUUGGUUGGCUACUUAGUCCUUAAGUUUUGACUAACAAAUUUUGAUUAUGACCAUUGAUUUGUUAAGAAGAUGCUUGAUAAAAUAGAGGGGUAUUUACACAUGAUGUUAAGUUUUAAUGAUCAAUUGUGUAAAACCACAAAGUUAUCUUGUCUCUCA